CACCCAGCUAAGGAAGCCUAUCUUAUUCACCAAGUCACGCGCCACACCCUCGCAUAAAAACUCAUCCCAUCACAUAAUUGCCAUUCGUUUUAUUUUAUUUUUUCACUCUUUUUUCUUCGCCAAAAUCUUCCACCCCCCUUUUCUUUGCCUUGUUUCUUCACAGUACACACACUCACACACUGAUAUUUUUCUCCUCUGUAUCAUCAUCAUUUAUUUUGUCUCUUGAUUGCAUAAUUUUUUGUGGGUUUUCGAAUUUUUUUUUGAAAGAAAAAUUAAGGGAAGAUGGCGGAUCAUGAUGAUCAUCACGAGGAGGAGCGGAAGGAGGAAUCUGUGAUCGAGAAAGUUAGCGAGAAAAUUCACGGCCAUGAUGAUUCGUCCUCGUCUUCAGACGAUGAGAAGAAGGAGAAGAAGAAAAGCUCUUCCUUCAAGGCUAAGGUCUCCCGCCUCUUUGGCAGAGAGAAGCCGGUUCACAAAGUCCUCGGCGGUGGCAAAACGGCUGAUGUGUUUAUGUGGAGAAACAAGAAGAUAUCUGCUGGAGUUCUAGGUGUAGCCACUGCCAUCUGGGUUCUGUUUGAAGUGAUUGAAUAUCACUUUCUGACCUUACUCUGCCAUGGUUUGAUACUUGUUCUGGCUGUUCUGUUCCUGUGGUCCAAUGCCAGCAGUUUCAUUAACAAAUCUCCACCCCGAAUUCCUGAAGUUACCCUGCCUGAGAAACCUAUUUUACAGUUUGCCUCUGAUCUGAGGCUGGCAAUUAAUCAGGGCUUUGCAAUUCUGAGGGAUAUUGCUUCGGGAAGGGAUCUGAAAAUGUUCCUUUUGGUGAUAGCUGGGCUAUGGUUCUUUUCCAUUCUGGGCAGUUGCUGUGAUUUGUUGACCCUUCUGUAUAUAAGUAAUGUCUUACACCUUGGAAACUAUAUUUUAUCAUUAUUUCGCAUAGAAUAUUGGAUUACUAAUGAUGGAUGUUGAUGAUUUUGGAAGCAGCUACCGUGUUGCUCCACACAGUCCCUGUGCUGUAUGACAAAUACGAGGACCAAGUAGAUGCAUUUGCAGAGAAAGCCUUCGCGGAGCUCAAGAAACAGUAUGCUGUUUUUGAUGAAAAAGUGCUAAGUAAAGUCCCAAGAGGACCUCUUAAGAAGAGGGAUUGAAGAAGUUUUUGCCAUUUCUCCAUGAUUUGCUGAAACUUCUGGUGCAGUUUUAGUUGGUAUUCAUGUUUGGUGGAUGGUUUGAUAAAGGAACACAUUGUUGCAAGUUUGGGUAGGCCUGUACAGGUUUUAUGCCACGGUUAAACUAUAUUUACUGUGAAAUUGUGCUAGAGACGUGGUUAUCUUUGCUGUUCUUCGAAAGAAUUUGAAUAGAAUUACGUAUGAUGUUUGAUGAAUGCUGUUUAGUUCUCAUUUGUGUUGGUUCUAAGGCUUCUAACGAGGCAAAGUGUUAUAUUGCUGCCACUUCUUGAGCCUGCAUGCAUAUUGGGGAUUACAUUAUUAAUGAUGGCUCAUCAUAUAGGUUAUUCCCUCCUUGCGUUGUUCUUCAAUGUUAAUGUGAUUUAUAUAUGGAGAUAAUCAUGCAUUCGGAUGUACUGAAAGAGAACAGUUUAAAAUUGUAUCAGAUGAAAGUCAGUAUUCUAAUUGUAUUAGAUUAUUGAUGAUGGUUAUUGCUUUACAACAAAGCCUCUGGCUCUGCUGUCUGCCGGCAACACCCAUAUUGGUCUGUAGGGAUCAGUGUCUGGAAUAAGAAAAACCAGAGAAGUUAAUAACAUGGAAUGUGUGUAGAUAUCUCGGUUUUGAGUCGCACCCUUUGACCUAUACAAUAAUCAGCUCUACUACUAAACGUUGGGAGAAAUUAAGAUCCACAAUAAUCAGCUCUACUACAAAACGUUGGAAAAAAUUUAGAUCCAAGAAGGUAGAAUUGGAUUGUGUAAACUACGAUGGUAACACGUUAAAACAGUAUUUGAGAGGAAACAAGUGCACUUAUGGAUACAUGUAAGUAAAGCCGGAGAAACCCUGCAAGAAGACUGAUCAUCGUUAACAUCCAUUUGCCUCUAAAAACAGAAGAUAUUUACACAUCACUUUGAUGUUCUUCAUUUUUAUUGACUUCAAACAGCAGUAGAGUGAGGUUUUGGUAGACGCGCAUAGUUUUUGUUACAGCAGUCAGCAUUGUAACAGUUUCCAAGUUGCAAUAAACUGCUUUGAUUAUUGGCUAAAGCCUUGAAAGGCUCAAUACAACGCCAUCUAAACUAUUAACAGAAUCACACUAAUCAACUCUAAAAGAGUGGAAAGGAAUCUCCUCCAUUCUUUAGGUUUGGAACUACAGCCAAAGACAAGCUUCCACUAGGACUAAAUUCUGCCGAUCUGUCUUGUAACACAGAUCCACAAGUGUAGAGGCAAAGCAAGUAUGACAAACAACUUUCCACAAUGACCCUAGUGCCUAUUCCCUACAAGAAGUAGGUCAACUGCUCUGUCUUCCUUGAACCUCCUUCUCCGUACAAGUCAUUCCACUGCUUCAGCUCUGCCAUUAUGGACCCUCCAGCUGCAAAACUAGCCGCAACCUAAAAUAUGAUGGCGAAAGUAUUACGCCGUGAAUAACUAAGUCAGGAUGCCUAAGAAACAGUUGACCCUUCACAAACAUGCUCCACGAACAAAGUAUGUUCCAACACAUUUAGAUGUAGAUAAUUAAAAGCAUAAACAAUGUUCAAUUUCCUAUCAUGCAACUAUCAUCAUCCCAGAACUCACGUUCCAGGAUAAUUUCUUUCCUUGGGACGUGUCAGUGAGGUUGAGCUCAUUACCUGGUGUUUUGCUUCCUUAAA